CCCAAGGCCGCGUCCCCUCAGUCCGAGCUCGGGGUGCCGGCGUGCGGACGCGCCGCGCUCGCUUCUCCCUCCCGGCGCCCGGCCGGCCGGCCGCCCGCCCGCUCUCCGAGUCUCUGACCCCUGUGCUCGUCUUCUCUCUCUCCCGAGCGGCUGCGGCGGCGGCGGCGGCGCGAGCCGCGGGUCACGUGAUGAGCAUCCUGCUGCCCAACAUGGCGGAGUUCGACACCAUCUCCGAGCUGGAGGAGGAGGACGACGACGACGCGGCCGCCGUGUCCUCGGGCCUCGACGACGACUUCGACGACGACUUCGACGACGAUGACGACGAGGGGAACGAGGACGGCGACGAUCUGGAGCUGCAGCAGCCGCUGCCGCCGCCGGCCCGGGGGGUGAGCGAGGAGCACCUGCGGCGGCUGGCGCCGGACCCGGUGACGGUGCGCGGCACGGGCCACAUCACGGUGUUUGGCUUGAGCAACAAGUUUGAUACUGAAUUUCCCUCAGUUCUAACAGGGAAGGUUGCCCCAGAAGAAUUCAAGACCAGCAUCGGCCGUGUGAAUGGAUGCUUGCAAAAGAACCUUCCGGUCAGCGUCAAGUGGCUACUGUGUGGUUGCCUGUGUUGCUGCUGCACCCUAGGGUGCAGCCUGUGGCCUGUGGUUUGUCUUAACAAAAGAACACGAAGGUCAAUUCAGAAGUUGUUGGAAUGGGAAAAUAACAGAUUAUACCACAAGCUUGGUCUGCACUGGAAGUUGAGUAAAAGGAAAUGUGAAAGUAGUAAUAUGGUGGAGUAUGUAAGUAAUCCUAAUAGAAUUCCUACCAAAGUAUCCCAUAUUCCGACCCGACUAAAGCAUCACAGUGCGAUCACUUUCACAUUACCUGUCAUUUUCUACCCUUAGUGCCUUGUUAGAUGAUUUUGGAAAGGAGAUGGUCUAUUUUGUUGCGUUCAGAAAUGUUAUAAUGCUAGCUAGAAUAGUCUCCUUACUCAGUUAUUUUUGUUGGUUUGAGAAGAAAGCAAUUUGCACAUUUUUCCCCUGUUAAAAUGAGAUUUGUGUUUUGCACUCAGAGUUUUUAACAUGAACAAUAGUUUCCACUAAGGAUCUAACAUCAGUGCUGAUUUAAAAACAAACAGAGCUUGUUCUGAGCAUGCUGCCUUUGAAUUUGUAUACCCCUUGUCUCUUUCUCAAUAUGUUUCAUUUGUCUAGGACAUUCUUUCCAAGCACUGUGUUCCCAUAAACCCUUACAGAUAAGCUUUUGGAAACUAGAGCUCAUUUUACUCUACCCUGCUUGCAGAGGGCAUGCAAUCAAUAGCACUGGUUUGGGCCUGCACUUUGCAAAAUCAUCUCCUACGUUAGGGAGUUGGCUCCUUAAGCCCUAACUUAGGACUUGUAUAUAUUGCCUCUUUGCUUAAUCUAAACUGUGAUAUGCCAUGGUUUCCAGAAUGUAAAACUGCUUUUACUGCUUUGCCAAUGAGUCUGCAUAGAUUUGUAAACUCGGAAUGCCAUUUGUAAGCAUCCCCUUGAUUGUACAGACCUGUAUAUGCCAGCUUAUGGCGAAGCCAUAACAAAUUGUCUUGGGAUCGUUCAAGUGUCGACCUAAGUUGUCUGUUGUAACAAGUAGACUUCAAAUGCAUAACUGUACUGAUAUUCUGCAACAAAAACCUUAGUUGGGAAAGGCUGGACUACAUGUUUACACGCUCACACUUGCACACACACAGAAUACACACGUCCCUGUGCCGUCCAGGACAUUUUGCAGCCCCUUUCUAACUCUCCCCUCCUCCUAGAUUCCCUUCCCCAAAUGACAUCAGCUAUACCCCCGCCUCCCCCUCUGCAUUUAUUUCCCAUACCAGAAAAAAAGAAAACAAAAUGUCAUGUCCUCCCCUCUACUGGUGGUACCUCAGAACAGCGACUGGGGGAGUUGGGAAGGCACCAUGGUAAACCACUGACCACUCCUCUCUGGACUUUGAGUGUUCUGCUUAGCCUGAAAUCGACAGGCUGCAGUUUAGGGUCAGUGAGUUGAUUCAGGACAUUUUUUCCCAAGCUCCCCCGAACCAGAAAUUAAAAAGUUUUCUAAUAGCAGUGAUUCAAGGCAUGGAUUUAGCUAGAGCUCUUUGGAGCUUCUGCAUUCACCAUGUAAGGGUACCCACUUGUGGUAUCUGUCACAGUUCACUGUGAGAGGAGGGAACCCUGUUCGCCAGCUCUUCUGAAGUUUAAAUAUGGGGAAGCCCCGAUCAAGUCAAUAGGGAUGCAUAGGGAGCUGCACAUUGAUAAAGUAUGAGCAUCUAGAAUCGAGCAGCUUUCUUUGGUCCAUGGUGUUCGUAUAACAGGGACCAUCAGCAGCCCUCGAGGCCCGCUUUCUGUUAGAAACUAUAACAGGCCAAGAUUUUGGUAUCCAGCUGUUCUCAUGUUACAAAGAUUUUGUUCAGACACUCUCCUUCUUUUACUUUCAGCUCCAUUCUCUUCCCUUUUCCCCUCAAAAAAGCAAAAACAAAAACUUAAUAUACUUCUGUGUGCCUGCUAAUAAUUAUGUGUUUGCCUGCUGCAAAAUCCGAGGUUCAUUUGCCAAGGUAGUAAGGUGGACACCUCUGGAAAUUCACCUAACGUAUUUUGUUUCCCUACAGAGGUUAGGGAAAGUGAUAUCUGGGGUUUCAUUCCCAACCAGCAUAAUCCAAAUGACGCUUUUUUAGACUGUGACAUUUGAAUACCAAAAAUUGGUUUCCAGCCUAGCGUGAAAUGUCUGGUUCUCAUUAAUAUAAUAAUAGCUGUUGAGUGUUAACCCCACAAGUCUCAUUUUCCUUGAGGAAUUGAAAUGUGGUCAGUCCCUUUGGCUGUCAUGUCUAUAAAUUCCCCUUGGUUUUGUCUGAAAAACGACAAUGAGUUUGGAAUUGUUUCCAUGAAACUUGAAGCACAUAUAUGUAGAUAACCCGGAGCAGAAGUUAUUCAGGGUGAGGAAGGGGUGGUGAGUGUGGGCAGCAGAGUCUUGUACUGGCACCUAGAGAGUUAAUUGUACUUGUUUUUUCUAAUGCUGCUGCUGUUCAUUACAUUAGAAUUGACUGCUGGGUUCAUCUCAUUUGGUCAAGUUCGCCAGACACUACCCACCCAGUUUUCUCUCUAACUCACGCUCUCUCUAGCUCGCUCACGCACUGCACUCUCGCUCUUGCUCAUUCUCUAGCUCUCGCUCUCGCUCUUUCUCUCGCUUUUGUGUUUGCUUCUACUUUACAAUGAUUUUUCUUUUGAGGAGGCAGACAAAAAGCUAGGUGUAGUUGGGUAUUUGGGGGAUUUUGUCUUCUUUUCGAUGGCGUUGUCAUGAUGGCUUAUUGAUUGACGAUGGCAGCUUUUUGUUGCUCCUCCAGAGCGAGCUUCUUGUCUAGCUUCAGAACCCAACUUUCCUUGAUUCCACCAGGAUCUGGCCUUUGGCUUUGUCACAUGUUUUGUCAAAGAUGGGGCCAGACUGAAGGAAAUUCUAAAGGAGCUGCCUGCCCAUGCAGCUAGCUGCUCUUUUCACAAAACAGUGAGGAGAAAGGACAAAGUGAUGUUGGGUUAGGUGGAGUCUGCAGGUGCCCAAGAGGCCUUGUGAUAUUUGUCCUUUUCCAAGCUCAUCUUUCCUAUCUUCUCUUCUUGCCCUCCUGUCACAUGUCUUUUCCAAAUCCCUCUCUCUUUUCUCCCUUGGAUAACCCCUUCUCCACUUUGAAACUAGUUGAGGCUACAGCCAUCAUUUGUGCUUCUCUGCUCAAUGAGAUGCAUGUCUUCAUGGACAGUGAUAGUAGGAUGGAUGGUUGUCCUUGCCCCUGGCCCUGGGUGGACAGUUUGGUACACCUGGUUCUGUUUCAGUUUUGGUAGAAUGGACACCAUUUAUAUGGUUUUGCUAACCAUUACAGGCAAGUGUUCAUUCAUUCCAUGGUUCUACUUCUCCCUGUCCUCCCGUCCUUCUCUCCCAGUGCAAACAUAAGAGUCCAGUAGUAGAGGUAGUAAAGGUGUUGUUGGAAAAGUACCUUGUCUAUCUUGAAUAAAGAUAUUAGGAUAAAGUUGGGGGCGAGGGAGGAGAAGCAAAAUGAGUCGGUCGAUAGGACUGUAUACAAAUAAGCUAAAAAAAUCACUCUCCUCAAAUAGCUAUAAGCCAUCUGACGAUUAUUUUUUUCUUGCUGUUCUUUGUCCUUUUUUGUUUGUUUGAUUUUCUGUUUUUUUUUUCUUGUCUGUUCUUUGGGAGGCUUUUCGAGGGGCAAAUUCAGUCAUAUGGUGAAUGUUGGUGUCAGAAAGUAUUGGCAAUUCCCUAAUGUUGGCCCUUCACUCGAGGAAGUUUCUUUUCCAUGUUGCCCCAUAAACCAGUGUUCAGGUUAAUUCUUGAGCAUGGAAAAGGGGCAUUUCACUUCCUUUUGGAAGAAAGAGAAGCCCUGGGAAAUUGAGACUUGUGUGAGUGACCCCCAACAAGUCAUUUGUGGAUACAUUGUCCCGCUCUUCAAGCAAUAACUCCCACUGUUGUUGGUUGUGAUCAGCAAUCUUUGCCAUUUCUGCCGAGCCGUGUUUGAGGUCCAAGGGGUGUUUUUCCCCCAAUGAAAAAGGCUGUAACAUUUGUAAGUUUAUGAAAAUAGUUUUUACUUUUCCCAGUUCUUAAUGCUUUUAUUUUGUUUACAAGUUUAAAAAAGCCACUUAAAAUCACUACUUGAGCUUAAAAUCAUAAAAGCGUGUUGUUUUGAGACUGUACUGUACUGUAAUCUGCCUGGGCCAGGUCAGGGAGAGGCAGAACUUCAUCCCCAGCUGGCUAAUUGGAGCACUUUGACCCGUGGGACUAUUUGAUAAUUUAAGUUUCAGGUGCAGAAACUUCCCCCCCCCCAGGGGCCCCAGGGCCUCUGAUGGCUUGGCAGGCAGGUGUCUUUUGGCCUUUAUCAAGGACUGUGAUGGAUUGUAAGGUUCCUUCUCCACAGAGAAGGAAAUGGCUGCUUGGUAUCUGUGCCCUGCAAAUGAAAGGGAAGGAAGUCUUGAUGUUCUUCUCUCUCAUUUUCUGUCUCCUGACUCUGAGCACACACUUGCGAUUUUGUUGGUUCCAGUCCCCCCCCCCCCCCCGCCAGUUCAUGGGAAAUUCGGGAGUGGGACACUUCAUCCUGAAUUCUUACCCUUCACCACGCCAACCAUCACCACUACUACCUGGGUCCUCCAUAAUUCUGCCACUGAUAGCAUCAAUUCUCAAUGCCUUACACUUAGUAUAGUAGACCCUCGGGAGAUUUGGUGAUCAACUAGGUGUAUAGUGGCUGCUGCACAUUUAGAUGGCAAAGACCUGAGGAAACUGAAGUUCCUCUCCAUCCCCUUCUCUCUUCCCCUUCACCCUGGGCCCUUCCCUAGUGGUAAGCACUAAUACCUCUUCUAAAGGGGCCCCGUCACCAGGGAUGGGCUAAGGCCCUGAGAGGCUCUGGCUCCUUGAGUCUGUGGGUUCUGAAUGUACAGCUGCCAACUGCUAUCCAGGCAAGAAUCCCAACUAUGAUGACAAGGGCACAUGGGGGGGGGAGGGAAGCCCCUUUGGACAUUUUACAGGGUAAGGAUUUCACAUCUUAGCAUCUGGCUCACUUUUUCAAAGAGCCACACCCUGCAGAUCUAUGGGAAUGAGACAGAUGCUAGAGACAUGGAAAGUCUAGUGAUUCCUGGCUGAGUUAUCUUCAACAAGUGACUUCAUUCCUCUGUACCUCAUGCCCUUGUAGGAUAACAAAUCCGGACCUACCUCACAGGGGAAUUGAGGCUCAUUUCAUACCUUUGUGUUCUGGAUGACUCCUGAUGGACAUUCGGAAUGGCACUGUUGUGCAUAGUUCGGCAGUGGUCCCUUUAGAUCCACCUUUGGUUUAUCAGUCCAAUCACACGAGAUGAAUGCCGCAGCUCUGAGAUUCUCUAUGUCUGUGGCUUUCUCCCUGUUAGACAAACAUUUGUGGUUUGGGAGUUCAAAUACUCUUACGUGUCCGUAUUAUCCUUCCCCUUGUUAUUAGACUUGGUCGGGUGACAGAAACGCCCUUCGAUUUUAAACACACAGAAUUGAUUGUCUCACCCUUUCUGCAGGUUUUAAGUGUUGUCUCAGAUGACAGACUCUUGGUCUGUUUUUGCCGCACUGGGAAUGUAUUGUAGCUUCGGGUUAGCAUUUGCUUCUGCUUGAGACAGAAAUAUUUCAACUACUUCGUUUAGUGUAUAUAUAAAAUAUUGCAGAUGUUGAGAAUGUUACACUGUUAUGCUCCAGCACGGGACUCUGAAUUCCCAAAUAUCUUUAACUAAGGUCAGUUCAGCUUGGGAAUUUCCUAUAAACAGCAACUUAAAGCAAUAACGUCUCAAGUGUUAUUUGUGUGCUCAUCGUUUCUGUUUAUUUUUUUCUUAAAAAUGAUUUUAACCUUGGUUUUACUUCUCACCUCCCCAAUAAAUCAUGUAAGCGUUUUGAAGUAGAUGAAGCUUUUGAACUAAUUAUCAAUGUUUUAAAUUAAGUGUAAGCUCCAAGCUCACUUGGCAGCCCAAGUCAUUUACCAAACAGAAGCAUCAGAGGAUUCCAAGGGGUUUCCUGGAACUACGACGAACUGCAAGGCCAAAAAGCCAGAGGAGCCAUUUCACAAGACUCUUUGUGCUUUGUGGCUUUACCGGCGGAGAAUGCUAAUCAUUUCUAUCCAGACCAAGAAUCCUCCUGGAUCUUCAAAUAUUAACAGAAGCCGUCGAAUUCUAUCUUUCCCUCCUGUAGAAUGUAGACCCCCCUCCCCCCCCCCCCGGAAGAACUCUUCUUAUAUAGCUGUGCCAAAACUGAAGAGACACGCUUUUAUAAAACUUUCAGUGCUGCUUUUUGUCUUUGUUCGUUUGUCAGAUGUAAAAUUGAUUAUCUCAGGAUUGCAAAAUUAAAGGCAAGU